UUUUGAAAGGUCCGGAUUAAAAGUUUAAAAUUCAUCUUCUUUAUGCUAGUUCCAUAGUCUUCAUCCCAUCAUCUUCACCUGUCGCCGCCGGCGCCGCCUCUCCCUCUCUGUGGCAACGACGCUCUUCCAUAUAUACACAACGACGCUCAAUCUCACUAAAAUUUCACUCUCUUAUUGCAAGAACAAAGAGGAUCAAGAACAAUAGCAGCAACAUUAGACUGAUUCGUGAUGACGGCGGCGGGACGGUGAGGUUCGCUCAUGACAUCAACGACGAAGUAAGGGAGAACGUUUGUGGAUAAGAGUUUAUUGAAAGGGAAAACCCAGAACCAUUUCAAUGUGACAAUGGCUUCACUCUUUCAACUACUACUACUGAAUCAAAAACGUUCCCUCUGCACCAAAGUUUCCACUUCAAAAUGGAAAGUGAAGCAAGUCACAACUUCAAACUUCAACGAAUCGUUGGAAGAAAUAAAAACUCACAUCUCUUCUUCCGACUUUAUCGCUAUAUCAAUGGAAAAAACGGGUUCUUCAUCGACGACUCCGUGGCACCGUGUUCAACCCUUUGAUACGGCGGAAACGGCUUAUCUUAAGGCUAGUCAGUCCGCCCAACGGUUUCAGCUUCUUCAGUUUGCUGUCUGCCCGUUUUCUGUUACAGACUCUAACAACUUUGUUGCUCAUCCGUAUAAUUUCCUUUUGUUUCCAAGGGAUGAGUUGAAGUUGGGCAUGCCUGCUUACAGUUUUUUGUGCCAGACGUCUCAGCUUGCAUCCAUGGCUCGCCAGGGUUUUGAUUUCAAUGCUUGCAUAUAUGAAGGCAUAUCAUAUUUGUCCAGAGCACAAGAGUCAGUGGCUAAAAUUCGUUUAGGGACUGGUUCUCCAUCUCUUGCUGCGAUGAAAUCUUCUUCACCCCCUACUGUCGCGGAUACAGUUUUUGUCGAGAGGAUUAGAUCAAGGAUUAAACAUUGGAGAAAUACAUGUAAAAAUUCUGGCGCAAAGACAAGCAAAGAUGAAGAAAUUAUCAACUCUAUUAGGAAUAUUGUCCUGGGUAAUGACCAGUUUAAAUCAAGACCAUGCUUGAAUAUAGAUGUUUGCAGUGAACGUCAAGUGCAACUAAUUCUGCAGAUGAUAGUAGACUUCCAAGAUGACUUCCUUCCCUUAGUCAUCCCUACAAAGAGUGGGACCACUCAGGCAGUACGUAUUGUUUUGGCGAACUCAAGAGAAGAUAAGGAAUUGUUGGAGAGAGAGCUUCAUAGUAUUGAAGAGGAGGAGGGCAAGAAAAUUCGUGGAUUUCGAGAGGUGAUCGAUUUGAUUUCCGCUUCACAGAAACCUGUUAUCUCCCACAAUUGCAUUAAUGACUGUACGCUUGUUCAUUCAAAAUUCAUUGCGCCACUUCCAUCAGAAAUAGAUGAUUUUGUGAGCUCCUUGUGCAAGUCUUUUCCCAAAGUACUCGACGUGAGUUAUCUGAUGAAGAAAAGUGGAACCAUGAAAAAAGUGGCCAACAUACGUAAUGCUUUAUCUUACGUGAAUACUCAUUUCUUUGCACCAGUUGAUAUGGAAAUUCCUGACCAAGAUACAGAGUACAAAGGCAAUGUUGAUGGACUUGAUGCAUUAAGGCUAUCCUAUCUAUUUACGAAGCUCUGCUCAAUAUUGAAAAUUUCCCCUAUUGUUCCUGAAUUUGGAGAUAGGCGAUUGGCUUCAGAGCUUGAAGACUUCACUAAUGUAUUUCAUCCAUGCUCAGACGAUAUCCAAGAAUCAUCGUGUAAUGAGGAUGUUAGUGUAUGGACCAAUAAUACAAGAAAAAUCAACUGUGAACAUUUGGUUUUCUUAUGGGGAUUUAAAUUUGGUAUGACGGCUGGCAUGCUGAAGAGUGCUCUUCGCGCAUCACAUGACAUCUUUUCAGGAGAGUUUGAUGUAAGAUUCGUGGAUAAGAGUUGUGCCAUUGUUGUUUUCUGGCAACCUGGGUUGUCGAGAGAUUUUAUAAAUGUAAUGAAUGGUGACGGAAUUAGUGGAGGCUUAAAGGAGUUAGUAUCAGAUGGCUUGAGGGUAACAUGUUAUGAGACCUAUAGAACAAUGUGUAGGCUAGGUUUGUGGGAGAUGGAUCUUGCAGAGUCUUUAGAAAAAGCCUUGGAGUGUUCCCUCAGCGAUAAAGAGAUAAAUUGUGAGAGAAAAUCUUCUGAGAUUCAUUGGUGUAAUGACAAUGUAAUUAACUUUGCUGAUCUUUAAUGUUGUAGUUAACCUAUUCUUUGAAGUUAGUUCUAUUAUUUGCUGAUUUGCAUUGCAAAGAACAUGGCAAUAUUUGAUGUCAUACUGAACUUGUCAUUACAAUUUUGGAAGGUAGGAGUUGUAAUAUUGUUGUAUAAAGUAGUUUAUAAUGUGACAUUACGAUUUAUUUUUAUUUUUUUUUGAAAGGAUGUGACAUUACGAA